UAAUGACAGAUGAUGUCAUAUGUAAACAAAACUCGCCCAAUCUGGUGGGUUUCAGGUAGUUCCCAUCAUUUAUUAACCGUAUUAUUUCAAGUAAUAUUCGACCUAAACUUGUCAGCAUCAUGCCGCUGUUUGAAGGUCUUACAAUAGGUCUCAUGAACGACAAAAAUACGACAGUUGUGUUUGAUUUUGGAACAGCAUAUACCAAGGCAGGAUUUGCUGCUGAAAGUGGACCCCGAGUCGUUUUAAAAUCGGAGGUAUUGUGCAGAAAAACUGGCAAACAUGUUCCUGUUUUUGAGUAUGAAGAUGAUGAGGAACUGAGACAUCAUUUGGUAGAUUACAUCCACAAGCUUUAUUUUAGACAUCUUCUUGUCAAUCCAAAGGAUCGUCGUGUUGUUGUAGUCGAAAAUAUAUUAAGCCCCUCUAAAAUUCGCAAUACCAUUGCCAAGGUUCUCUUCAGACAUUAUGAGGUUUUGUCUCUGUUAUUUGUUCCACUACAAACUGCAUCACUGAUGACCCUUGGAAUUAACACUGGACUUGUCUUAGAUCUUGGUUAUCAAGAGGCUACACUUAUCCCUGUAUAUGAAAAUGUGAUUAUAUUGAAUGCCUGGCAGUCUCUCCCUAUGGGGGCAAAAGCUAUCCAUGAUUCACUGAGUGAAUUGCUGUUGGACCGGGGUUUGGUUGCUGGCGAUGAUGGUAAAGAGCAACGAUUAAAUGCUGCUGUUGAAAAACUACCUGACAAAAUACUAGAAGAUAUUAAAGUAAGAACCUGCUUUGUUACCACAACGGAACGAAGCAAACGUUUGCAGAACAACAAGUAUGACAGGUCCCUGGAGCCGCCACCUCCUCCUCCAAGUGUGUCAUAUCCCAUGUCUGGUGAUCGAAUCAUAACUAUCCCUGGUACAGUACGAGAGCUGACCACAGAGUUACUCUUUGAACAAGAUGAAGAUCGACUUAGCAUCCCAAGCAUGAUUUUAAAUGCUUUGUUACAGUGUCCUGGUGAUACAGUGCACAAAUUAUCAGAAAAUCUUAUUAUUAUUGGUGGUACUGCAACUGCUAUAAUGGGUGGCACAGAAGCUGUUACUCUUCGUUCAUUACCUCGGGAGCAAUAUCUUUCAAAUGAUUUACUUCCAGACUGGUGCAAUCUUAUGUUUAAUAUGAAAGAUGAAAUUGAAGAAAGAGAAAAGGGUGCAUAAAUAUCAAUGCAAAAAUUGAUGAGUGGUGACUUAAAUAUAUCUCCUGCUUCAGUCAGUCAUUAUGCAUGAUGAAUGGUGACUCUUAAAUAUAUCUUCUGCUUCAGUCAUUUUGCAUUUUCCAUCAUUUUCAAUAGUAUUACUCUCUGAUGUGAAAUUUAUAAGUAAAGGCCAGAAGUAGGUAAGUUUUGUAUAUCAGCUUAUAUGUAUUGUAUCAUAUAUGAAGAUCAAAAUUUUUUAGGUUACGUAAUGGAUUGUAUACCAACUAAAUUGCAUCAUAUGUAGAGUAAAUCUUUUUAGCUACAUAAUUGAUGACAAAGCUUGCCUAGAUAUGUUUAGCCUUUCUUUAUUAUGUCGUUACAAAUUUUUAUAUAAAAAAAUCUCCAUGUUAUGUUAUUUUAAAUGUCAGUUCACAUUAUACAUUAAUUUCUAAACAAAGGUGUUUUCAAAUUAUUAUAAAAAAUGAGAAAAGUAUUUGAAAAUACUGUACAUUAUUAUAAAAAAUUAGAAAAAUAUUUGAAAAUACUGUACAAGCCUCACAACACUGACAAAUAAAGCUUUAAGCUCAUUAACUGUAGCUUUCUGUAAAUAUCUGAUAUGUUAGUGGUGUAAUUGAUUUUAAAGUAUGUAUAUUAUUUUUUGACUAGAGUGAAGCACGAAUCUUGUAACAAAAUGUUAAGAAAAAAAAUAAAGGGAAAACAUAAAGUUAUCAGA